UUUAAGGUUGCCUAGCAACGUUAGUUCGCUGUUGUAUCAGGGACCGUCUAUAGUGGUCCAAUGCAGAACGCUGGAAGUGAGGAAGGGAGCUCCAGCCAAGAUGAGAAAGACCCCUAUCCACAGGAAGUGCUUUACAGUACAGCAGGAGAAGGUGGAGCGACUGUCCCACCUGCCCAAGAGAAUUCAGGAUCAGAGCCUGAAGUCGUGGCCUACCGGCCUGUCCCUGACAUCAGCGAUGCCGCUACUAAUUCAGUGGAAGAAAAUGUUGCUCAGGUACUGCUGACAUCUCACCUCUCAAAUCUGAACAUAUCAGAAGACAUGGAGGAUCAGGAGCCACUGCUGGAGGAGGAGGAGGAGGAGGAGUUCGUUGUUCUCGACCCUGAGCAUCCCCUGAUUAGAAGGCAACAAGCUACUCUCAGCAACCAGCUCAGCAAGCAGCUGGAGAGGAUCAACCUGGCACUGAAGGAAAAGAUGGCAAUGGAGAAGGGAGAUACCAGCCAUACACAGGAGAAAGGUGUUGAGAUGUUCAGGAUUCAGGAGCAACUGGCUAGGCUCUAUAACAAGCUGGAAGACCGUAAUCAGACCAAGACACAGGCUGAAGCCAAACAUUGGCAAGCGCAGGUUCAGGUGGAGGCAGUGAAGAGCCAGUAUUCCAGUGGUACCAGCCAGGACACCAAAGCCAAAGCCAGUGUGUCCCAGCUACAGGCAGAGAUUGACAGCCUAAUGCUGAACCUUGUCUUCAUGCAAGGAGUCAGUGAAGAUCUGCGUUCUAAUGUCAAAACCAUGAAAAAUGCCAGACACAAAGCAGGAGUCAAGAAGACCCAGGCUGAAGAGCAGAAACUGAAGCAGGAUUUAUACAUAGACCGUCUAACAAAGAACACGGAGAGGCUAACACAGCAGAUAGCCAUGUAUGAGGCCCAGGCCAGUGCUCAAGCAGAGGAGACACAGGCAGCCAAAGAAGCCCUCUUCGAGGCUAAGAUGGAAAUGGAGUCUCUGAUGCUGGCACAAAAACAACUGCUGCAGCAGUGGAACAGCAGCCUGUUGGGCUUGAGGAGACAAGAUGAGGCUUUCAGUGCGAUGCAGGAGGCCCUGCGCGAGGUCAAGCAUCAGGUGAUCUUACUUGACAGAGAGGUUGAAGGCUACAAGAAGUCCACCACUGAGGAGCAGGAGCAAAAUGAGACAUUGACUAUGCAGCUGAACUGGUCCGAAAUGGACUUUGCCACCUCCAAAAAGCUGAUCACACAGAAGCAGUCCCAGCUAGAGGCCUUGCAAGCCCACUACAGCACCUGCCUUCGUACUUUGAGGGAGACAGAGCGCACCCUCGCCAGGCUCACAAAGGAAACCACCACCCUCCAGGCAGAAGUGAAUGAUCAGAGGAAACAGCGGGAGAAAGAGAACGCUGUGCGUCUGGAGUUGGAGGACAAGAUAAUGACCUACAUGCAGCAGAAGCUCACCCGUAACAAGGCUGCCGAGCACUCCCAACGGCUUAUCAGCAAGAUAGGCAAACUUAAGAAUGAAAAGAUCUCUCAGUUGCGGCAGUGGGAGAACGAGGUGGUGGCAGUGGGACUGCAGAGCAGUGAGAUUGGCCAACAUCUGGAUAGCCUGGCCCUCCCCCAGGAAGCCCUAGAUGUGAAAAUCACAGAGUACGACAAGUUACUGACAUCCAAACAGGCUACGAUUUCUUCCUUUGUUACACUCAUCGGGCAGAAGCAGGCCAUCAUCGUCAGCUACAACAGAAAGAUCUCUCAAAUCGCAGCCAGCACUGGGCCUGAAGACCUGAGUCCUCUGCAAAUCAAAAUAGAGGCUUUGAUAGCUCAGGAUGAGGAGCUGGCAGCGAAUAUCCAGUGUGACCAGCAGCUUUGGAUGAAGAGCCAGGGGACUCUAGUAGGACUGACUCAGGAUAUAGAGGCCAACAGCAAGAAAAUGCUCAAACUAGAGACAGAGUACACUGGCAUGCAGCAGAAGAAAAUUAGAUUAGAGAGUCAGAUUAAAGCAGAGCACGGAGAGCAGGCAGAGCUGGAGAAGAACGAGACGAUGCUGAGGGGGGAUUUGCUAAAGCUCAACACACUGCUGAGCGAGAAUAGACAGCUCAGCCAGACGCUGGAGCAGCAGAGUACACUGAUGGAGACAGAGUUCCUUCACAGACAUAAGGUGGCAGAGUGGGAGUAUAUUGACAUGACAAUGACACUUGAGAAGACCCAGGAGGAAACAGAAAGACUCCUCAACAGUCUGGUGGAGGCUGAACGACAGAUAAUGCUGUGGGAGAAAAAGAUCCAGCUUUUAAAAGAGACUCGUUCAGCUGUGGACUCAGAUGUGGGCCAGGGAGAGAUCCAGAUGAUGAAGGCUGAGAUGCACCGUAUGGAGGUGGGGUUCAACCAGUUGAUGAAGCAGCAAGAGCAGCUGCUGAGAGAGAGUGAAGCAACAGUGGCAAGGAGGGAGACUAUUGUCCUUCGUAGGGAGGCCAUGGUCCACACCUCCCACAAACAAACAACAAAAGGCGAGCUGAGCCGCUUCAUACAGGGCCUGCAGCGCAAGAUCCAGGACACACACAAGCAUGUGACAGAAUGUGAGCAGGUGAUUAGGGAGAUACAGGAGAGCCAGGUGAAUCUGAACAACAGGCUUAAGCAAAAGAAGCAGCAGCUGAUAGAACUGCAUGGCACCAGCUAUGCCCUUGACCCUGAGUUUGGAAAUCUCCACGAUACGAAAGACAGGAAUAUAGCCCAUUUGGUGGCCCUACAGGGCCAAAACAAGAAGCUGCAGGGCGUGCAUGAGGGCAGCUAUCAAACCUCAUCCACCAGCGAGUCUGUGGAAGCUGCUCUACAAAGCCAGAUGGAGCGUGUGCACGCUGCUAUCGCCAUCUUGCAUCACGUGUGUGAGGAGUUCCCCCAGCACCAGGGUGCACUUUGCAGGCUGUCGCUAGCAUUGGCAGUGCGCACACAGGCCCUGGAUCAGGAGACAUCCUCAGUGUGAGGGGAUAAUAUAGGCAGACAGCGGCUGCCCCCGAGCUGUAGGAGACUGUGGCGUAGAGCAGAUGGCCCCCCUCGCUGGUGUGUGGGUCUCCAGCCUGGAUGGAGGGGCUGCUGACACUGUAGAUGUUCUCCUCAUGCUGAUUGAUUCUCCAUGCAGAGACAUCAUCCUGCAGACAGGAAGUGAUUGAGCUAUGUAACAUGGAUUUAACCAUCUGAAUCUGGAUUAGAACUGGGGACCAGUGUGUGUGGGCAUUUGGGCCUCUCUCUCUGGUUACUGCAGUGUGCAUGCUGUCAGAUGGACAUGAAUGAUGGGUGCAAUUCUUUUACCCAGUCCCAGCUGUGAUUCUCAGUGUAUAUGUUGCUAAGCUGCUGUUUUGAAUAAAGGCCUUGUAAACUCAAACAUGCACAUAACACAUAGAAAGAUUUCCCAUCAUAUUGUGCUGCUUGUCCCAAUGUUGCUGGAACAAAUACACAAUGAGCAUUAGCUCUUACAAACCAUACCAGCAUAAAUAACACAAUGCAGGCUGAUAAUUUGUUUCCAUUUUCUCUGACUGCACGUCAGAUAAUGAUUGGUUAGAUAAUAUUAUUGCAGAGCCAUACUUCAGAUCACUUACUUUUUGCUAUAUUGUGUUGUGGUAGUGGGAACGGGGCAGGACCCAAUAAAGAUGUCUGGAGACCGGAGAGUAGCUUCAAAGAAUUCUUUAUUUCAUGCAUGGAGAGAAGUCAUGCACAGCUUGCAGUUGCACAGAGUUCUCCGAUUAACUGAUAAAGGGGCAGUCCCUUUAUACCAAAGUGAUACAAUACACAUCUAUAAAACUCAUACCAUUAUCUCAUAUCUAACAACUCGCAUACCUUCUCCAGCUGCCUUUGCAACAUCAUAAGUACAACGAGACCUUGAAACUUGGUGAGAUCUCCACACUCCCUUUUCUCCUUACAAUACACAUUCAUGGUGUACUGGAAAUGAAUUUUACUUGCAAUACUCUAACUAUGCAAACUCAACUGAUAAGAUGUUCAAAAUUAAUUAAAGCUAACUGAUAAGCAGUGCAAAAAUGAUUACAGGUCCUGGGACCAUUGGAUUUGCAAGUUUCACAUUGUGUCCU